AGUCAUUAGCAAAAGUCAAACUAUCGGUGGAAGAUAUAUGAUAAGCAUAUUACGGAGAUAUAGCCAAUUGACUUUCUGUAAACCACAAGCACGAUUUAUAAAUAUAAGAAGAAUGUCUACUGAUUUAGUUGAACAAGCCAAAAAGUCUGCUGCUUAUAAAGCCGUUGAUGAAAACUUCCCGGAAAGUGCCAAAGUAGUUGGUAUUGGGUCAGGAUCUACUGUUAUUUAUGUUGCAGAGAGAUUGGGACAAUUGAGAAAUAAGUCGGGGUUUGUUUGUAUCCCAACUGGAUUCCAAUCAAAGCAAUUGAUCAUUGAUAAUGGAUUGAGUUUAGGAUCAAUUGAACAAUAUUCUAAUAUUGAUAUUGCUUUUGAUGGGGCAGAUGAAGUGGAUACUGAUUUAAAUUUGAUUAAAGGAGGAGGAGCAUGUUUAUUUCAAGAAAAGCUAGUUGCCAUUGCUUCCAAACAAUUUAUUGUUGUUGCAGAUUACCGUAAAAGAUCACCAUCAAAAUUAGGUAUCCAAUGGACAAAAGGGGUACCAAUUGAAAUUGUACCAAAUUCCUAUGCUAAGAUUACUAAUGACUUAUAUGAUUUGGGUGCUAAAAAAGUUAUCUUACGACAAGGGGGUAGCUCUAAAGCUGGUCCAGUUGUUACUGAUAAUAAUAACUUUUUAAUUGAUGCUGAUUUUGGUGAGAUUGCUGAUCCAGUUAAAUUACAUACUCAAAUCAAACUAUUAGUUGGUGUUGUUGAAACUGGGUUAUUCACCGAUAUAACCACCAAAGCAUAUUUCGGAGAAGAAAAUGGACAAGUUGGGGUUUUAACCAAGUAAUAAGUACAUAUAGAUGACUGCAAAAUAAUUAUUCAACUC